AUGGCCGACUCCGAUCGCUUCUCGGCCCCCGGCUGCUGGGUCAGCUGCACCAGCUUCGUGCGCACCAUCAAGGGGAUCCUUCUGUUCGCCGAGAUUAUACUGUGCCUGGUGAUUCUGAUCUGCUUCGCCGCCUCCACAUCGGCAUACUCCUCUCUGUCAGUGGUUGAGAUGAUCCUUGCUGCUGUCUUCUUUGUCAUCUACAUGUGUGACCUGAACUCCAGGAUAAGGAUCAUCAACUGGCCUUGGAGUGAUUUCUUCCGAACCCUCAUAGCGUCCAUCCUCUACCUGAUUAUCUCCAUCAUUGUGCUCGUGGAGAAAGGAAACAGCUCCAAAAUCAUCGCCGGGGUGAUGGGCCUAAUCGCUGUGUGCCUCUUUGGCUUCGAUGCCUAUUACACUUUCCCCUUGAAGCAGCAAAGACACACAGCAGCCCCUACUGACCCUACAGAUGGCCCGGUGUAG